GUAGGAGAAACAAUGGAUUGGCCCCAAAAAAGAUGUCGCAGGUGUUGGGAUAAGACAUCCCAUCUGAAAUGGAGGUGAUCCAGGGAGCUGAACGCUGACUGCACCGACAUGGGGUUGCGACUCGUGGCUUGUCUUUUCCAUUUGCCCACUGCAGUGAUCUAUGGGUCCCUGUCGCUGUUUGUUUCCAUUUUGCACAACGUGUUCCUCCUGUACUACGUGGACACUUUUGUCUCUGUUUACAAGAUUGAUAAACUGUCCUUUUGGAUUGGAGAGACAGUGUUUCUGAUCUGGAACAGCCUCAAUGACCCUCUGUUUGGCUGGCUGAGCGACCGAGUGUUCCUUAGCACACAGCAGCCAGGAGCAGAAAUUUCCUCCCCCGAAGUAGUUCUGAAGAGACUCAAGGCACUAAGCCACAAUGGCCCCCUCUUUGCCAUCUCUUUCCUGGCUUUCUGGGUUGCCUGGGCUCAUCCUGGUUUGCAGUUCCUGCUUUGCCUUUGCAUGUAUGACAGCUUCCUCACCAUGGUCGACCUCCAUCACAACGCCUUGCUCGCAGACCUGGCUGUUUCAGCAAAAGACAGGACUAGCCUCAACUUCUACUGCUCCCUCUUUAGUGCCAUAGGCUCUCUCUCUGUCUUCAUGUCCUAUGCAGUGUGGAACAAAGAGGACUUCUUUUCCUUUCGCAUAUUUUGUGUCCUGCUGGCCCUCUGCUCCAUCGCUGGCUUUACCCUGUCCACACAGCUGCUCCGCCAGCGCUUUGAGGCUGGUGGGAAAGCAAAAUGGGACCAGGAAUCAACCCUAAAAGAGCUGUACAUUGAGAAACUAUCCGUCCCCCCGGAGAAGAGGAUCACCCUGGCAGAGUAUCUCCAGCAGCUCUCCCGGCAUCGCAACUUCCUCUGGUUUGUCGGCAUGAACCUCAUCCAGGUUUUUCACUGCCACUUUAACAGCAACUUCUUCCCUCUCUUCCUGGAGCACCUGCUGUCAGGCCAGAUCUCUGUCUCUACAGGAUCAUUCCUUCUUGGUGUUUCCUACAUUGCCCCCCAUCUCAACAACCUCUACUUCCUGUCCCUCUGCCGCCGCUAUGGGGUUUAUGCUGUGGUGCGAGGACUCUUCUUCCUGAAGCUGGGUCUCAGCAUUGCCAUGCUCCUGGCAGGACCGGAUCAGGUGUAUCUGCUCUGCAUCUUCAUUGCCAGCAACCGGGUGUUCACAGAAGGGACCUGUAAGUUGCUUAACCUGGUGGUCACUGACUUGGUGGAUGAGGAUCUAGUCUUGAACCGCAGGAAGCAGGCAGCCUCUGCACUGCUCUUUGGGAUGGUGGCUCUGGUCACCAAGCCUGGCCAGACCUUCGCCCCUCUGAUCGGCACGUGGCUGCUCUGUGCAUACACAGGUUAUGACAUCUUCCAGCGCAACCCCUUGAGCCACAUGGUGAGUGCCCAGCCAAAGCUGGAGUCUCCUGCAUUCCUGGAGCCAACGCUUCGCCAGGGCUGUUUUUACCUCCUUGUCUUCGUACCCAUUACAUGUGCACUGCUGCAGCUCCUCAGCUGGUCUCAGUUCAAUUUGCAUGGGAAGCGUCUGCAGAUGGUGAAGGCUCAGCGCCAGAACCUGACCCAAGGCCAAGCACCAGAAGUCAAAACUAUCUAGGGGUGCCCAACCCCCUAGGGGUGUGCCUGUGUGCAGGCU